AUGAGUCUGACCAAGAAUGAAAUGGUCGAGAUCUACAAGCAGUUCCCCGCCCAACAGGCCACUCAUGCCACUGCUCCUUCCACUGAUCCCGGACGUGCGAAACCAAAGCUCGUGUGGGUGACGGCCAUGGUGGUUGCGUUCCUACAUAACCGAUGCGAUUCGCAUGAUCAUCCAUUAAAAGGACCCAAAAGCGCCAAGCAGCUGUCGCGUACGUGGGGAAAGAUCGCCUUUGCAAUCAACUUGGACUGCGACCAAUCCGUUACCAAAGUACCACAAGCUCAAGAUAUCGAGUAUGCUACCAUUUGCAAGGACCUGGCAAAAACUGGCAACUCAUCGUCAAGCGUGGUGGAGCCUCCCUCCUGGUCGGACCUGCAGAGUUGGCUUGCGGCCAAGAGUGGUAUGGGAAACGUGGAGUACGCAGCACUCAAAUCGACAGAGGAGGGUGCUCGUAAUCGCACGAUCAACCCUGGCUUCGACUCUGACACCGAACAUGACAACGUGGACAGCAUUGAACAAGACAUUGAAGAAGCAGACGGCGGCAUGAUGCCAACGUCAUCCAAGCGCACAGCCAAUGUGGAAAGACGACAAGGGCGAAGUCGAUUGCCAGCGCGAAAAAGGAGCCAAGAAGAUGUACAUGGCAGCAUCUAUUGUUUCGUUGGGUGA